CCUUCCAAUCCCUCCUCAUCAAGGGAGCCCAUUCCCGCCCCCAAGGCACCUCAAGCGUCAUCAACAUCAGCAGCAUUGCGGCAAGACUCAACACACCUGGGCCCGGAGCAUGUAUGGCUUAUGGUGUGACGAAAGCAGCAUUGGACAAACUCACGCUCGUUCUCGGGACGAGUUUUGCUGGGAGGGGUAUCCCGAUUCGGGUGAACGCGUUGCAGCCUGGCGCGUUUGCGUCGCAGCUGAUAGGUCCUGAUAUUUUGGAGAUUAUCAAGACGAAGCCUGCACCUGGUGCUGUGGCGCCGAUACCCGCCAGGAGGCAUGGGUCUGAUGCAGAGAUUGGGAUGACGGCGAUCUACCUGGCAGUAUCGGAUUAUACGAACGGGGCGGUUUUGUGUGUUGAUGGCGGAACAUCGCUGGUAAACCCUUGAUUGCUUUGUUGUU